UGAAAGGAGGUCCUAGAAAAUAUUGACUUUUCCUACAUUUAUGUGACUUUCUCACCACAGAAUGGCAGCUCAUCUGAAGAAACGUGCAUAUGAGGAGUUUAGCCAAAUAAUUCAGGAUGAGCCCAAGGCACCUCCGAUUAAGGUGAGACUUGUAGCCCGACCUCAGGUGACCCAGGUCACCCUUGAUCUGAGGGCUGGUAAUUCCAGAGAGGCCCUUACUCAGCUGCUUGAUCUAGAGAACCAGCUACCAGUCAGUCAAGAUGCGGCAGAGAGUAUUAUCAACACUCUUUUUGAGCACUACAGCAAAGAGGAAGGAGCUCAUGUAAGGUCAAAGGUCAUUGAAUUAUUGGGUCGAAUUGCCAGACUCCCGGGUGUGAACGCUGUGGGCAUCGCCAAUGAUCUGAUGACGCUCUUAGCCACCGAAGGUUCUCACAAGGUCAAAGGUCAAAUAUUUACCACACUCACUGUGAUUGGCCGAAGCCUUCCGCUCACCUCCGAUCUCCACCGUCAGCUUCUGCAACUUGCUCAAAAACAUUUAACCGACUCAAACCAUGCAGUACGAUGUGCUACCCUGAGCAUGAUUGGCCAGCUUGGUAUGUGCGACGUCAAAUCUGUGGCAUCAUCGUCGUCAUCGUCGUCAUCGUCCUCUGGAAAGAGUAGCAAGGAACGUCGCAAAGGCAAUGUACAAAGGAUGCUGGGAGAGUUUACAAGCGAUAGGGACGCACGGGUCAGGGAAGCUGCUUUCCAAGCUAUGUUUUCCCUACACCAGCGAGGGCAGAAACUAGACCUAGACCUCUACCAGCAAUCCAUCAAGUCCUUGACGGAUGACCAUGAAGGGGUCCGACUGGUUGCACUCAAACUAGUCUGGGUCCUGAGUCAGGUCUACCCUGACGAGCCUGUUGUGGCUCCUGGAACCACGGAGGAGACCCUGAGGCUUGUCGAUGAUGGUUUUGCCAAGAUCUGUGAGAUGGUGACGGAUUCCUCAACCAAGGUUCGAGCGGAAGCAGCGGGUCUCCUGGGCUCGUUGCAUUCCGUCAGUACCAGGUUUCUGGAGCAGACUCUGGAUAAGAAAUUAAUGUCAGGACUCCGGAAAAAGAAAACUGCGCAUGAAAGACAGAAGGAGCAGUUCACAUCAGGGGAAUGGUCGACUGGUAAGAAAUGGGCCGAUGACAAGCCGCAGGAGGAUGUGGACCCAGAAUCUGUGAGUCUGAUAACGUCUGGGGCUUGUGGGGCCUUCGUCCAUGGUCUGGAAGAUGAAUAUUUAGAGGUCAGAUCCACUGCUUUAGACUCCCUCUGUGAGCUUGCAUUCCAGUCGCCAUCCUUCGCCAUCCUCUCCCUCGACUUCCUCGUCGACAUGUUCAAUGAUGAGAUCGAGAGUGUCCGUCUGAACGCCAUCCACAGUCUACGAAAGAUCAACCAUCACAUCAAAUUAAGAGAAGACCAGCUCGAGAUUAUUUUGAAUGUUCUUGAUGAUUCCUCAAAGGAAGUGAGGGAGGCUCUUCAUGAGCUGCUGUCAUCCAUUGCCAUGGUAACCAAGUCCUGCCUCCACAAGGCUCUAAUGUUCCUCAUCAGAAAUCUCAACAAGUAUCCCCAUGAUAGACUCUCAAUAUGGAACUGUUUGAAGAACCUUGGUACUGCCCACCCAGACCUAACCUUAGCCUUGGUACCAGACCUCCUUGGCACUCAUCCUUACUUUGAUACACCAGAACCAGACAUGGACGACCCAGCCUACAUUGCAGUGAUGAUUAUGAUCCUCAACUCUGCAGUCAACUCCCCUACCAUGUCCGCCCUGUUUCCAGAGUACACCUUCAGACAUUAUACCUAUCUGAGGGACUCCCUACCGCACCUUGUACCUGAAGUAGAGAACCUUCAACCAGCCCGGAGACAGUGUCUUUCUAACAGAGGAGACAAUAUGGCUGACAGGCAGACCAAUCCUCAAGACUUCUUACAACAGACUUUAGAUAAACUCAAAGGUCUGGAUAGUCUGUCUAACUCGGCUGCCAUCAACAUCAUGCAGCUCACUGUUCAGGAUUUACAACGUAUCAGUGACUUAGAACCUAAGAUAACAGCUACGGCCCAGUUAUAUUCCAUGUACAUCGACUGUCAACUCACUCUAGCAAAGGCAUUGAGCGGUGAUCAUUGGAACGUCCCAGCCAUGCUUUGCCCUCAACAGAGCGCCGAGACUGCUCUUGCUGCUUCAGAAAGGGUAAUAGAAUUAAGCUACAGACUUCAGCAUCUUUACGUUGGUUGCAGCGAGUCCGAGCUUGCCAUGGUUCAACAACUCCGACUUCGGGCCUGGGCCCUGCAACUUGUGGUUCAGCUCAGGGGGAGCAGCAGCAACAGUGGUAGCAGUGGUAGCUCGUCCAGUCAUCUGGCACAGAAGUUCCUGACGAGAGCAUCAGCAAUGCAAGAACACUUCUCAUCAGCGACCAUCACACCAGAUUCGUUCACACACGCCGUCUUCACCCAGGUUCUGAAGCUGUCAGCGGCGAGGCACGGCAUCCUCACCAAAUUCCUUCAGCCACUUCUCCUUCACAACCGAGCUCCAGUCUUGAGCCUCGCCAACACGAUCAGCCGUGUCUCGGCGGUGAUCCGUGAGCCUGCAGGCGGGAGCGACAAUCCUUUGCGAUUCACCGCUGGACUCACUCUUGGGCUGUUUGUGGACGCGGAGCUGGAGAAUGUGCGUGACCUGGAACGAGUUAGAAUUCAGGUGCGUUUCCCGGACUCCCGGACGCAACUCUUCAUCCCUCGUAGUAGCGACUUCAGAAUCCUGAGCAACCUCAGACAUCGCUUCAUGACUGAAAUCUACCUAUCGCACGGUCUGUGGUCAGAACCAAGUCAGGUCGAGGUCAGUAUUGUCAUGACACAUGACCUUCAUGGAUCGGGCCCUUCCACUUCAUCAAAAGGGGAGUCACCAUCGAGUAGCAGUAGAGGGACCGUGGAGCUUUGUAAACCUGUGAAGGUGUUCUUAAUGCCCAAGCCAGCCAAGAGAUGAUGAGAAAAUCAUGUUGUAUCAGGCGAGGGAGCUAUUUAUCAGAUAUGGAGCCAUGCCUGAAGUUCUGAGCUCUUAUACUGCAGAAGAAAGCUUUUUUCUUAAUAAAGGGGAAGAACAUUUUAGCGGUUGGUGUCAUGAUUCAGUGAAGAAAGCUUGAAACAGGACCAUAUGACAUAUUCACUGUUAUAUGUAUAGGCCUGAACUCCAGUUUAACUUAGGCCAUGGUAUCAUUCUGCAUUAAAAUUAUGGGAAGCCAUGAAUUGCAUUUACAUUAAAUAUUUCCUAUCUUUACUUGGCUCUUUUAUCAUGCUCAAGUAAUGAAGAGAACUAUUUCACUAAUUAUUCCCAGUCAGUUAUGGUUGUAAAAUGGUGGUAGUUUUUACCUGAUUGCUAAGAAAGCAUGAAUGCUUGUAAGCAAGCAACCAGAGGACCAACCACUUAAGGUCGUUUCCGAGGGACCUGGUAAUGAGGACAAAUGCUUUUCCAAAGGGCACUGGUGCACCAAGUGGGAAUCCGACCCCUGACCCCCCCCCCCCCCCCCCCCCCCCCCGCUCUACCGACUGAGCUAUUGCGCCUCUUCAAUGGGGGAGUCACUUUCUAAUAUUGACUGAAUAAGUUAUCAAUGGUUUUAGUGUCAAAUGAGGUGAUGAAAUGCAGUCAGUAGGCAGUUCCCAAAAAGUGGCUUCUUUCAUCCAAGUGAUAUUCAUGAGUACAGAUGUUUUGCAUAUAUAAUGAGCUUGUUGCAGACCAAAACAUCUCUAUUCAUUCGGUCAUUGCUGCUCUAAUUGUGCUUCGAAUUUCAUGAUUUUGGUAUCAUUGUAAAAGAGAAGAUUCAUU